GCUAGGCAUGAGCCCCUCGGGUAGAGCUUUGCAAUUUGCUUCGGGCGUCAUGGCGCCCUGCCGCCCCGAUACGUCGACAGCAGGCGUUUCCGAGUCUGCUGCAAGGUCACGGUGCGUCCUCGUCGCGCUGAGUUGCGAGGGGUCGCGUCUGCUUCAAGAUGUUGGUGAGUUGACAAUCGGUCCAUCAGACGAUCGCAACGGCGCUGAUGAGCCUUGAGCGGCACCUCUCAGAACACCGCUUUUUGGAGCGUGCAGCUUCUCUACUUGCCACCCAGCUCGACUGCUACGAGUUUUUGAGCCCAAACGAUGCUCGUUGUCUCUCGGAGAGCCCUCUUGCCAUGCCCUCGAAUUGGACAGUCGACAAGUCUGGCAGCCCUGCAAGUCGUGCGAAUGCUGUCGGAGUCUCUGCAAGUAGUGUGCUGAACGAGUAUCGCACAUCUUCGUCAAAAGGUAGCGGGCCGUUGCACGGCACCACGAACAGAAGGCAUCGAGAACACUCUACUGCAACCUCGACGCACUCUUCGAAAGCCACGUGCGACUCGUCCAGCCAUUUCACUCUCGGUCUGGGGAGCGAGGGCUUGACUUCCAAGGAGCCCACGGAAGCUUUUCACGCAGUUGUUGGCGAGAUCAUUGUUGGACGAAACUCCCGCAUCAGCCCCACAUUUGAGUCACCAGCACUUUCCACUCCUUCGCUGGCGACCACUCUCACAUCCGAUCCGUCCAGCAGUAUACCCGACAGCUACUUUCACACAACUUCGCUGGAUUACUCUUCGGCGCCGUCGCAGCGACACGGGACAGCGACAGAGGGCAGUCUCUUGAUGUCGCCCUUGACGCUCAAGCAGCGCACACAGAGCGUGUCCUCCCUGAAAGCCAAGUACGAUGCGGCUGAACAACUCAGUCACGAGCGAUUGGCCGAUGGCGGGAAGCUCUUGCGCCGCAAAUCGAGUGCGCUGUCAGGAAAGCUUCACAGUACACGCGCUUCGGCAACGUCCGUGAGCGGGGCCUCGCCCGAAAGGCGUAGCUCGAUCAGCUUCGUCGGAUGCCCAUCAGACGAGCCAAGAUCCGUCGAGGGCGUCGAUUCGCUGCAACCGUACUUUGCAGCGGCUUACACAGAACACUCUGUCCAAGUCUGCGGGCAGUCUAUUGACGGGCCGCAAGCUCAGGAAGAGGUGACGGGCUUGUCGCAGGAGCUUGCUUAUUUGCGCAGGCACCGCGCCAAAAUGGCCGAGCAGCGCGCCAUCAGUCCGAGCUCGUGGAAAGAGGAGCUUGGUGAAGCACCGUCGCGUCCGGACACGGCGUCCACUGUGCCCUCCUUCCAUCGGACUUUUCACUGAGGUGUGUGCGCUAGCACAAGCGCGGAGAGCCGAGAGAAGAAUGAUGCGUCCCAGACUUGUCAAUCUUGUGUACCAGACCAGAAGUGCC